AUAAAUUUAGAGUACAUUAAUCUCUCCUUAUGUAUUUUCUAAAUAUCACCCUCGUUUUUUGUACGAUAAAAAGUUUGACAAGUCCUUUUUUACACGACAAGUCUAUAAAAACAGGUUGUACAAUAAUAUCGUUACUCUUAUCUCCACACAAACACAAAAAGAAAUUGAAAAGGAAGGAAUCUCAGUAAAUGCCAAUAAAUACAAAAAAGCGUCUUCGAACAUUCUUAUUCUCCUCUCAAAAUAAGACACAAGAGACCCAAGAACAAAGAAAGCAUGGAUCACGAUCACAUGCCUCCACCACCAUCAUCAUCCAUGAUGAACAAUGGAUCCAUGAACGGAGGAGGAGGAGGAAAUCAAGAGAUGAUGAUGAUGCACAUGACUUUCUAUUGGGGCAAGAACACGGAGGUUCUCUUCUCCGGCUGGCCGGGAACAAGCUCUGGCAUGUAUGCUCUUUGUCUCGUAUUUGUCUUUUUCCUCGCCUUCCUCACCGAAUGGCUUGGCCACUCCUCUUUCCUCCGUGAUACCACCGAAGAUUCAGCUAAUGCCGCCUCCGGACUCGUCCAAACAGUCGUGUACAUCCUCCGUACCGGCAUCGCUUAUCUAGUCAUGCUCGCCGUCAUGUCAUUCAACGCUGGCGUGUUUAUCGCCGCCUUAGCCGGUUAUGGCAUCGGUUUCAUGUUGCUCGGAAGCCGAACUUUCCGGAAUCCCUCCGGUAACAGGGAAACUUACGAGAUUCCUCCCUCAGUUUGUGCUUGUUGAUUGUGAUAUAUGCAUAAAUUGAUUCAUACUUGUAUUUCUAACUAGAGAUGUAGGCAUUGUAGUUUUUUUUGGAUUGUUUGUCACAAAACUUUUGUGGGUUGUUCUUGGAGUUCAUGUAUGUGUUACUAGUGUGAGGAGGAAUUUUUUUUCCCUUGCGAUUUUUUGUUUUCUUCAGGUUAAUAUGAUUAUUGGUGAAAGCUGGAUAUAUCAAUCUAUAGAGAAUCCUUCCAUCUUCGUAAUAAUGUGACAUAUCAUUU